ACAUUCAUCUUUACUUUGUGUAUUCCAGCCACAUAUUCGGUGGCUUAGAGUUAUUAUUUUUUUGUCACGUUUCUGUAAAUAUUUCCCAUCCUCCGUACACUUAAAAAAGAGUUGUAGCCUAAAAUCUCGCCGGCUCUCAUGGGAUUGAGGCAUUCGUCGCGUUGUUUGCUGCUACGGCGGAAGAUGGCGGAGGCGGACAGCUCGGAGCGGCAACAGCCUGUCACGUCCCCCCUCUCUCAGUCAGCCCAGCCCUCUCCACUGCCUAAACCAGUGCCUACUACCCACCAUGUGCCCUGCAUCCCCCAUACGCCUCAUGUAGCGGCCCUGGCCACCUGUCCUGGUCGAGGCAAGAUUGCCAAGUUCAUCAGCCCGGAGGAAAUGACAUCAAGGGACUACUACUUUGACUCUUAUGCCCACUUUGGCAUCCAUGAGGAGAUGUUGAAAGACGAGGUGCGGACGCUGACCUACCGCAACGCCAUGUACCACAACAAGCACGUCUUCAAAGAUAAAAUCGUCCUGGAUGUCGGUAGCGGCACGGGGAUCCUCUCUAUGUUUGCUGCCAACGCCGGUGCCAAACACGUGUAUGGGAUUGAAUGUUCAAGUAUAUCUGAAUAUUCAGAGAAGAUCAUCAAGUCAAAUCACCUGCACAAUGUCAUUACCAUCUUCAAGGGCAAGGUGGAGGAGGUGGAGCUGCCUGUGGAGAAGGUGGACAUUAUCAUCUCGGAGUGGAUGGGCUACUGCCUCUUCUACGAGUCCAUGCUCAACACUGUCAUCUUCGCCAGGGACAAGUGGCUGAAACCCGGAGGCCUGAUGUUCCCUGACAGAGCAGCUCUCUACGUGGUAGCCAUUGAAGACAGGCAGUACAAGGACUUCAAGAUUCAUUGGUGGGAAAACGUGUACGGGUUCGACAUGAGCUGCAUUCGCAACGUGGCCAUCAAAGAGCCUCUGGUGGAUGUAGUAGAUCCCAAGCAGAUGGUGACUAACGCCUGCCUCUUAAAGGAAGUGGACAUCUACACUGUGAAGCCAGAGGACCUGUCCUUCACAUCAGCCUUCUGUCUGCAGAUCCAGCGCAAUGAUUACGUCCACGCCUUGGUCACCUAUUUCAACAUCGAGUUUACCAAGUGUCACAAGAAGACUGGCUUCUCCACUGCUCCGGAUGCUGCCAGCACACACUGGAAGCAGACAGUGUUUUACUUAGAGGACUACUUAACUGUCAAGAAAGGAGAGGAGAUCUUUGGCAGUAUUGCCGUCAGGCCCAAUGAGAAGAACGUGCGUGACCUGGAGUUCACCCUGGAGCUAGACUUUAAAGGACAACUAUGUGAGGCCGCCAUUUCCCACGACUACAAAAUGCGUUAGGAACAACAACAACCAACCGACCUACCCUCGGCCCUUCAGGACCCACAUGGAAAGGAGGGGGGGAGGGCACAGGCUCUCCAACAAGCAUUCCAGUUGGCCAGCGAGGGGCGACCAGACGCAUCUGAUUGGAUGCCAUUUAAGCCAGCACCUAAGUGAUGUCAUCAGAAUAGGCAAGUAUCUAUCAGCAAUAGUGCCAUCACCUGUACCAACCUGAUGGACUCUGGCACAUCGUUGAAUGUAACAUCCUAAACGAACUUGACUUUUUUUUUCUUUUUUUCCUCUCUCUCUCACAUUAGUUUCUGGAAAGUUUGUUAUUUUAAGUAUAAAAUGAGUCUUUAUAUCGUUAGUGCAGCUAAUUGAAAAGCGAUCGAUCUGUGUGAUGUUGAGAGGGUUACAGCGCAUUAUCGUCAUGUUUUCUCCUUUAGUCAUUCGUUAAGAUUUAUUACGCACUGUGUAAUCGUAACAAGGGUACAGUGAUCAAUUGUGUGUUAUUUUAUUUUAUUUAUUCCUCGCAUGUGAAG